ACCAAAUCGUGCCGCUCAAUCUACAAUUCAAACCAGAAGGCGCGCCCUGCAAACUCCAGCUCACAUAGAACAAUUCAAACCGCCCUCAACGCAUCCAAGAACCCCGCAAUGCUAUCAUAGUCCCGCGUCCUCCUCGUGCGCCUCCAAUCCCGCGCCUUACCACCACCGCGUAGAAGCUCCACGAACCUCUCCCCACCCGGUCCACCUAUUCCUUCGACUCCAGUCCUUACAACCGCCAACAUGGCGCACACAUCCACCCCCACCGACCCGUCGCAACCGUACACCGAUCCAACCGCCACACUAGUCUCAGCUUCCUGUGUUGACCUUUUGCUCAUCGAGCUCGUUCCCAUGGCAUACCGCAUAACCAGCGACCUCGCCGCACGCGAAGAAGCAUUUCUCCACGGCCCAUCCUCCUCAUCCACAAAGCACCACUCGUCAACAACAACAGACAACGAUGCGGGCAGCACAAUAGGCGUGAGUGGGGCCGGCGGCGGAGGGGCAGGCACAGUCGACGAGGAAGAAGCACGGGAAGCCGUGUUCCACAGACUGGAAGCGCUGGGCUAUAGAGUAGGGCUUGGAGUUGUAGAACGUUUCUCCCGCGACAAACCGCGCCCGACAACCCCCCUCGACACGAUAAAGUUCCUCUGCAAAGACCUCUGGACGCUGCUCUUCCGCAAGCAGAUCGACAACCUGAAGACCAACCACCGCGGCAUCUACGUCCUCACCGACAACACGUUCAAGCCGCUGUCGCGCAUGUCCUUCGAUACCAAGAAGUUCGACGCCGCCACACACGCGUUGGUGGAGAAGGCGACGGGCGAUCCGGCAUGGGGCGUUGCGGGGAGGGAUAAUGCGAAUAGUAUUGCACGCGCACAGCCGUUUUUGUAUUUCCCCGCGGGCGUGGUGAGAGGGUGCCUUGCGGCGCUGGGGGUUGUGGCUACGGUGACAGCGGAGACGAGUGGGUUGCCGGCGGCGACAUUUCAGAUACGGACUGUGGGAGCGAAGCCAUGAUAAGGGAUGAGCAAAAGGAGGUGAUGUAUAGUCAUGUUUCAGCGGCAUUGGGCGGCGUUUGGGAGUCAGGCCGCAUACCCGGCCCUAUCUUGCAAGAAUCUGGGGCCACGAUUCAUCACAAACAUGAAAACGAGCAGCAACUGCACCUAUGGCUUCUUCGCCGAGGAGCUCAAUUCCGGCUAUCUAAAGGGGCUUGGACCCAUCCAAUCCCAGCACGUAUAUAGCUUCUGCAAACCAAAGUGCAUAUCCCUCACAUAU